UGUAGAAAGAGAGGGAACCUCGCGAGCGGUUGUGGUUACGAUAUGACGUCAUUGGUUGUAAAUCAAAAAUGCUUGGUCCUUCAAAACCCGCAUUUAAAUAUAGAGUUCGGUGCCGACCAGUUUGUCUGAAAAUGGCGCAUAAAGCAUAUUUAACUCGCAGAGAAGUAUUAGCAGCUUGCCAUCGCCUGCACAGUCCUAAGCUAUCCAAUGAAGAAAAUCGUGCUGUUUUCGGUAAAUGUAAUCACCCUAACGGCCACGGACACAACUAUGUGGUUGAAGUAACUCUACAUGGAGAAGUAAACCCAAAAACGGGCAUGUUGAUGAACGUCACAUGUUUAAAGGAGUACAUGAAAUCCGCAAUUAUGGAUACAAUGGAUCAUAAAAAUCUAGAUAUCGAUGUUCCAUACUUUCAUGAUCAUCCUAGUACCGCAGAACAUGUUGCAAUUUAUAUAUGGCAGAAUAUGAAGAAGUACAUGGAUGACCCGAGUCUGUUAUAUGAAGUGAAGGUAUUUGAAACUGAAAACAACAUAGUGCUAUAUAGAGGAGAAUAAAUACUUUUUGCUCUUAAUACUGUCUUUAUUAAUGUGUUAUAAAUAAUGGAAUAAAGUAAGUGUUAUGAUA